AUGUUACAAAAAGGUUGUUUUGUUCCAAAAAAGGAUGAUGUGAUGAAAAUAGAUACAAGAGUUCAUGUGUUGAAACAACAAUAUUCAUCUUCAAGACUCUCACUUUCGGAUCUAAGUGAAUCAGGAUCGCCUUUUUCGUUUAAUGAUCUUUCAAUAUCUUUAGUGGGUUCUGAUCUUCAUGUGUUCACACUUGGUGAAUUGAAGGAGAUGACUCAAGGGUUUUCACAGAACAGUUUUAUUGGGGAAGGAGGGUUUGGUUCUGUUCAUAAAGGGUUUAUUCAUGAUAAACUUAGACAUGGUUUGUCUGCUCAACCGGUUGCUGUUAAAAGACUUGAUUUAAAUGGGAAUCAGGGUGAUCGUGAAUGGCUGGCAGAAAUAAUAUUUCUAGGGCAGCUACAACAUCGUCACCUCUUGAAAUUAAUCGGAUAUUGUUGGGAAGAUGAACAUAGGCUUCUUGUUUAUGAGUAUAUGCCACGUGGCAGCUUGGAUAACCAGCUAUUUGGAAGACACUCUAUCGCCCUUCCAUGGAAAACGAGGAUAAAGAUCGCGCUUGAUGCGGCUAGUGGCGUAGCUUUUCUACACGGAGAAUAUAAGCCAGUGAUAUAUCGCGAUUUAAAAGCAUCAAACAUCUUAUUAGACGUGGAUUUCACAGCCAAGUUAUCAGAUUUUGGACUUGCAAAAGAUGGACCUGAAGGAGAUGAAACUCAUGUCUCAACUAGAGUGAUGGGAACUCAUGGUUAUGCUGCUCCUGAAUAUGUAAUGACAGGUCAUUUGACUACGAGGAGCGAUGUAUACAGUUUUGGAGUUGUUCUGUUAGAACUGUUGACGGGAAGGAAAGCUGUUGAUAAGAAACGUCCAACAAGGGAACAAAGUCUUGUGGAUUGGGCUAGGUCUUCUUUGAAGGACCCGCGAAAGUUGGGUCGUUUGAUGGACCCAAGACUCGAGGGAGAAUACUCGAUAGAGGGAGCUACUAAAGUCGCGGCAUUGGCUAAUCGUUGUUUGAGUCGUCGGCCUAGAUAUAGGCCCACAAUGGAGGUUGUGAUCCAAGUUUUGGAAAGCGUAAUGAACCUAGAUGAUAAUGUUUCAAUAGGGAACUUUGUGUAUGUUGUUCCUAAUGGAAAUGAAGAGGAGAAGAUUGAUUUAGAAUUAGGGAAAAAGAAUGUGGGGAGAGAAGAAAGAGCAAAGAAAAAGAUAGAACAUCGAGGAAAUGGAUUUUGGCAAAAUGUGAAUGUGUGAAAUUAAAGAGAAUGAAAGUUGGUUGAAUCACAUUCAUUCAAACUAUUAUGGUAAAUUUGUAACU